UAUCAUUUAGAGAAGUGAGCAGAUCCUUUUCUGUCAGUGAAGAAGGAAGAAAGGCUGCGGUAAACCAUCCGAGCCUCAACAUGAAAGUCUGUCAAAUUUUGAUCUGCUGCUUCUUCCUCUCUCUGCAGGAAGGAAACACUGCACAGACCUCUGUCUAUCCAGGCACUGAAGGAGGAAAUGUCACAGUUUCAUGCCGUUACCCUGCACUGGGAACAUGGAAGUACUUCUGUAAGGGCGAAUAUGGAAGAUGGGACAUUCUCGUUGAAACAAUAGAUGACACAGCUCAGAGAGGCAGAUACAGCAUCAGAUAUGUCCAAGAACCUCGCGCUGCCGUUCUCGAUGUGACCAUCACACAGCUGACCAAGUCUGACUCAGGACGGUACGGUUGUGGUCUGGACAGAACUGAGCUUUUAUACAAAGCGUUUGAAGUCAUCGUUGUAGAUGCAUCGGCCUCACCAGCUUUCCCUGUCACACACCGUGUGAUGCUGUAUGUGGGCCUGACUCUGGUUGUCAUGGUUAUCCUAUUAUUAGUGGCUUGGCUCAUAUUCUGCAGAAAGAGGAUAUGUAAACCUGAGGAACCUCCCGUGGAAAGUGAGUAUGCUUCUGUCAAAGAGGCCAACCCAACGUACGAGGAGAUCAGAGAGGUGGAGAGACAGAGCAGGUCUCCUCCUGAGGGAAUCUCUUCAGUUUAUGCUUACACCAAAUAUACCAAUCCAAACUGAGUCGAAACCAGUGACACCACCGCCAGUUCUCAGCACAGAGUACAAGGCAGCUCUGAUGCCAACCAUGUGGUGAUCCGCCUCUGUACUCUACUGUUACUUUACAUCAGCAAUAACUUCAUUUUCUCAGUGCACUGGUACUGGCACUCUAAUCAGCCAACAGGAAGCUGGUUUGAAUGAGGAACUGUAAAUUUUUUUUUUUUUUGUGAGCAUGACUUUUUCAUGUGACAACCAAUGAAAAGUUACAUAUUUCGUCAGUAUCAUAACCACAAAUGUGCCGCCUCAACAAUUUGUGUGCUGCUUUUACUACUGUUACUUUUGCUAAUCUUAUUUUAAGUUGAUUUUAUUGAAGGUGUGUUGAACGGAAGUUCAGUUGGAUCAUAUGGUAAAGGAAAUAAGAAGCAGUGAAGCCUCUCUCCUCAGCACUUAGAGAAUUCAACUAGCUCUUAUCGUGGCUGCCACUCGGAUACUUCCGGGUCAUUUCACUCAGUUAGGAAUCUUCCUAAGCAAAAAAUACUUCUUGAUCACAGCCAGAGAUUUGCAGAAGAGAAGAGCUCCACUCUAACUGAGGAAUGGGGGAAUUUAUAGUUGGUGAUGUACUAGGCCCAGGUGCCUCCAGCUCUGCUGAUGAACUCCGCCUCUAGCUGCCUGUUGAAUCAAAGACAUACCACACAUAUAAAAAGACUGCCAAACAUUUCAAAAGUUUCAUCACACAGUUUGGAAUCUCCUUGUACACGAUUACUGUCUAAUAUGUGUUCUCGGCUUCAAACGCAAAUUAUAAAAGGCUCCAUAUGAAAGUGAUUGGAGAAAAAGAUCUGGUUUUCAGAGAAGAAUCAGUCGACAGCAAAAACAUCUUUUACUCAUCCAGAAAAAAAUCCAUAAAUGCCUGGGAUCCAGUUGUCUUCAUUUAGAAAGCAUUAACAUAUACAUAUGUAUUUACAUUCAGGCUGGGAACGCAGAGGUGGAGAAGUUUGAACCCAUCGUCAACAGGUUGGUAGUAGAGGCAGGGAAUGAUCAGAGCAGAUUGGAUGGCCAGAGGGGAACUGCAGCAGAGAGAUGAGGAGCAAGGGCUGAGGCGGAGAAAUUUUAUUGCUUUCACUGGCAUUAAUUGACUUUUGCCACUUGGGGGCAGUGCAGAAAUGCAACACUGACAUUAUCACCGGAUGAAGCUGAUAUUGGGCAACCAUGUUACCAAAGUUACCUUUUUUCAACUCUGUGUACACAGAGCAACAUUAACAUUUAUUUGGACUCGUUUAUGUGUCCAAAUGAUGAAUUCAAGUCCAGUGCUCUCUCUCCCUUGUUUUGUUUUGCUUUGUUUUGGUCCAAAACAUGUUUAAUUGUCUUCUAUUUGAACGAGCGGUCAGCCUUGCUCUGUCAUACUGUUGUGAAACCGGCUGAUGUUUGUACCAAGCCCCUAUAAAGGGUAUCAGAGAGGAGGACUGACAGAGCAGACUUGCUCCUGUGGAAAUCUCCUCAGUUUACGUCAAAUACACCAAACCAAAGUUGAACCCAAUGACAACCACAGCUUUGACAACCCAAACUUUUCCACUUUAACCAGUUUUCAGCACAAAGUAAAACCUUGGUAGGACUUUAGCUCAGACAGUAGCUUUAGACUGCAUCCACUGAAAUAACUUUACAGGGUGAUUUUCACACAUUUCACGGAGGCUGUUUCUCUAACCUCAAAGAUGGCAGUUGAAAAUGCACUUUUUACUGAUUUGGCAAAGUAGUUUACCACAUCUCUUUUACUCCAGAAAAAGGUACACAGAUAAUGAAAGAUAGAGUUUCUCUGUGAUAUGUAUUAAAAUAUAAUUAAUUAGUUCUGUAUAUAUGUACUGUAUAGUUGCUCUCUAUGCCAAAACAAAUGUUCAACCAAUGCUAUGUUAAAUAAUAAGAAAAAUUAUAUAUAAUUUUCUUCAUCAAUUAAGGGAUUAAAAUGCUGAACUUUAGGAAUCAGGAACCUUGUAAAAUCUAUUACUGUUGUACAGUUUGGACUGAAUCUUUGUUGUUGAGGUCAUAGUUUAAGAUUCUGUUGUGUGGGACCCAGUGUGGUAAUUCUACCAGUAGGUGGCAGUGUGCAUCGUGUCAUAAGACACUGAAGUGUGUAAAAGCCUCAGCGCCUCAGAAACCUUCAUCAUGUCAUCAGUAAAUACAUGAGCUUCGUUCUCCAGUACAGUAAAAUAUUUGGAUUCUGUACUUAAGUAAGAAUACACAAGUAUCGCCAGCGAAAAGAACCUAAAGUAUCAAAAGUAAAAGCACAUCAUGAGAUGAUUAAUAGCAGAUGAAAAAAGGAGACAAAACAAACAAAAAAAAAAACCCAUAACAAACUAAGGCCUGAUACACAAAUCUCCUUUCACUGUUUUUUUUUUUGUUUUGUUUUACACAAACAAAAUUGGAGAAAUUAGCAAAAAAAUAUCAAAAAUAAAACAAUUUUGAAUAUACAAUAAAAUAGCAGCUACAUAUUUCUGUAUUUAAAGUUCAACAAAUUGUAAAAAAAAAAAAAGAAAAAUCAUCUGUGAAGGGUUGCCAGGUUUUAUCAUAUAUAAUAAUAUGCAAUAUUUGGUCAACAAUUUUGCUCUUUAACAUAGUUGAUCCUCUGUUGUUGGAGAAUCUGAUGGGCGGAUAAUUUUGACACACACAGAUCCUGACUAUCAGAAUUUAUCACCCCAUAUAUUAGUUAUCAAAAUAAAGCAUGUCAGUAUGAUCAAACGUUACCAGUGGCUAAAUAGCUGAAAUCCUAAAUCGGGUCACAGAAUAUAGUGUCACAUGAGACUGUGAGUUCUCAAGGUCUCCAUUGUUUUGUUUUUUAUUGUUGUUUUUUCUUUUUUGCGAAUGCAGGCGUGUCCUGUAGCAGGACAUGGGUCUGUCCAACAAACUAAAAUUUAAUUAAAUCACCCUGGUCGCCCUGUCAUGCUGCAGGCUCAUGGAUGUGAUGCAGAUGCUGAUUCAUGAGGUGCAGUCACAUCUGUGCAGAUUUCCCAGCAUGCAGAGGGAAGUGCUGAUCACGGAGAGUCCUGUGGGUGGGGACAUUCACACAGAGACACUGAGGCCAACCAUAGACUUUGUGUGUGUCUGUGUGUGUGUGUGUGUGUCUUCCUCUGUCUUCUCCCAGUUUGAUUUUUAGUUUGUUCAGUUUUCUCCAAUAAUCACGGCACCAUUUCUCAGUCGAACAGCCAGCAGCUCACAUUAGUUGACUCGAUUUGUAGAGUUGUCUAAAUUCGUUAAUGUGAUUCCUGAAAGGGAGCUCAUACUGAGAUUUCAUCAGUGCAUCAUGAGACAGACAUUGUGAAGAGAAAAUCUUUUCUCCCCCUCAGUGAGCAAGUAUCGAUGCGUUAUUCUGUAUUGAUUUACUUCAUAAAUCAUCUGUGAACGACAUGCAGGGUCAUGGAAGAGAACAGGACGUAGUAGUGUGAGUGCAGAUUAAAAGAUUUUGAGACUUUUCUCACCAGCUACACCAUCCUCUUACAGUACAGUUACUGUUUUUGUGUGGCUUAUAUACAUUUUCCAAACAUGUUGCGUAUCUAAAGAGAUUCAGUGCUCUGGGUGUGAAUACAAGAUAUGUGUUUAAAUAC